UGCACAACCAGCGACUCGGCUACUUCUCCGGCUGCCGACCCAGACGUGGCACCCCAGACGCUGGGACAGGCCGCCCGCAGACCACCCCCGCCACGCGCGGGCCGCGACGCCCCUCGCAAGGCCCGUUCACCAACCCGGGGACCCCCGAACGGCGCCUCCCGAAAGCCGAUGCCCACCCAGCAGCCCCCGCAGACUCGCCGCUCCCGGGGGGACCCUCAGAUCUGCCCACCUGGCCCUGGCCCCCCGCGACUGGUGCCUCGAGACCUCAAAACCAGCGCCCUUCGCCCUCUGUCCCAGCCCCAGCCUGGAACCCACAAAGCAAGGCCCAGGAGGAUUGUCUUUGAGGAUGAACUGCUCUCCCAGACCCUUGUGCGUGCCAAGAAGCCCCUUGGAGCCAUCCCCGAGGGGCAUAGACCUAGGCCACCUGCAGUGCCCGACUAUGAGCUGAAGUACCCACCUGUGAGCAGUCAGAGGGAACGGAGCCGCUAUGCUGCAGUGUUCCAGGACCAGUAUGGAGAGUUUUUGGAGCUCCAGCAGGAGGUGGGGUCUGCACAGGCCAAGCUCCAGCGGCUGGAGGCCCUGCUGCGGUCCUUGCCCCCACCCCGAAAUCAGAAAGAAGCCAACGUUGCUGCCCGCGUCUGGAGGGAGUUUGAGAGGAAGCAGAGGGACCCAGGUUUCCUGGACAAGCAGGCGCGUUGCCUCUACCUGAAGGGGAAACUGAAACAUCUCAAGAGCCAGAUCCAGAAGUUUGACGACGGAGGAGACAGUGAGGGCUCCGUAUACUUCUGAGCAUCCUGGUGGACAGACAGAUGCAUGGGCCUCCCCACUUCUCUCCCUGCACCCCUUCCUGUUUUGAGCUUGUUUCCCUGGCCUGGACUAGCUUUUCCUGAUGGCAAGUGCCUUAUCCUUUUGGGCUCAGCUCGGAUGGCCUCCUCCUCCAGGAAGCCUUCCCAGGGACUCCUAGAGUACCCUCAGCCCUGACCCCAUGGGGAUGUCAGAUCUCAGCCCUGGAAACAAAUCCUGUUCGUCCUCUCAGUGAAAUAAACAGGAAGUAAACACCUA